GUUGAUUUACUAUAGUAAAAAUCAUAGCAAGGAUUUAUGCUACUUAAUAUUUACAACCGUUUUCCAGAGGCUGCAUCUGUCCUGACAUUGUAUCUGAUCCUGUGCUAGAUUCCAGAAAUAGCACCAGUGAAGCAAGUCCCACCCAAGAAGAUGGACAAGCCAACUAGUGCUCAGGAUUUCUUUGCCACAAGGAGGUACAACGACAACUCCCCAGAGCAACGGACCAAAGAGGAGGGGAUUGCAAAGUGGAUAGGCCGCACAGGACUCCCAGCAAUAAUUGUUGGAGAUGAGGAGUUCAUCGCCAUGAUGGCAAAAAUGGACAAAAAGUUCAAAGUGCCAACAAGACAUAAAAUUUUAAACUUGAUUGACAAAAUGUACAAAGAGGAGAAAGAAAAGGUCAAACAAAACUUGGCCACAGCACGCAGAAUAACUACAGGGUUGGAUAUUUGGACUAAAAAGGGGCUUACAGCAUCCUUCCUGGGAGUCAGUGCCUGUUACUUCAACCCUGAGGACAACAAGGCUGAACACAAACUCCUGAACCUGAAGGAGAUGGUUCACCCUCACACCGCAGUUUCGAUUAGUACACUUAUGGAGGAGUCAAUGGAAGAAUGGGGGAUCCCCAGAGAGAAGGUCCUCACAACGAUUACUGACAAUGGCAGCAAUAUGGUGGCUUCGUUCCACACACAUGCAGAAGUUGCCACAACUUCUGAAGAGGACUCAGAGGCAGAGCACGGCGAUGACUAUGAGCUACAGGAAGGGGACGAUGACAGAUACGACUACGGAGCCAGAGAGAGGACCCCAUGCGUGGUUCAAACUUUACAGCUUGUAGUUAAUAUGGUCCAGAAGGAACCCCCAAUCCAAAGGCUGUUGGAUAAAGUGAGGCACUUGGUGAACAAAUUUAGGAAGUCAUCUGUCGCCACAGAGCGGCUGCUGCAGAAGUGUGCUCUAGUUCUGGUAAAAGACUGUCCCACCAGGUGGUCAAGUUGCUUUGCUAUGAUUUUGCGCUGUCUUGAAGUCAAGGAGCACCUCACAGCUGUGGCUGAGUCCAUGGGCUGGGACAGCCUGCAGCCCAGUGAGUGGCAAAAGAUCGGGAUGCUGAGAGACCUUCUUCUGCCAUUUGCGGAGCACACUAAGUCACUUGAAAGUGACACUCAAUCACUUUCCCUUGUUGUGCCAGCACUCCUGGAUCUCAAAAACCACCUGUCGGAGUUCUCGCUUGCACAUGGGAGAACCUACAAAGAUGCAGCUACUCUGGCUCAGAAGAUGCUGUCCAGCAUGGAUAGGCGCUUUAGUGUGUUUCUUGACAUAACGGCUGACAACUUCUCACCACUUCCUGCAGCAGCAUGCUUUGUGGACCCUUGUGUAGCUGAAACCCUUCUGGAAAAUGAUGACAACGAAGUACAGAAUCUUGUCAGAAAGGCAGAGGACUACAUUGCUCAUCUUGUGCCACAAAGAGUGCAAGUACGUGAAGAGCAGUGUACUGAUGAUGAGCAAGUCGCAAAUGAGGGUACAGGGGCUCCAGAGUCAACCCCUGCAAAACGGUGUAGAUUUAAUUCUUCAGUGCUAAUCGUCCAUCGAGGCCCAAGAAAGCCAAGACAACAAACAUUAGGCAGGAGAUUUUAAAAUAUAAAGAAGGGCUGUCCGAGUCGCACAAGACUGCUGCUACCAGUGCUGAGGUUGAGGAAUCCGGCAUUGAGUAUUGGUUAACUCGGUAUUGUUCCACUGCAUUUCCAACACUGAAACCUCUGGCCUUGGACCUCCUGGCGAUGCCAGCCUCUCAGGCAUUUACAGAGAGGGUCUUCAGUGUAACUGGUUACCUCUCUUGUGGUCGCAGGAACAGGGCUAGGAUCAUUUUGGAAAGAAGCACUUUCCUCAAAGUAAACAAGCCUAAGUAGUAGUUAAUGUCUGGCCUGAACAGACAUGCAAGAAGCAUGCAUACUGUACACAUGCACACACACAUGCACACACACAGUUUCUGUUGAGACUGCUGGUUAUUUGUUUCUUGUUUGUUCUUUUCUGUUCUGUUCUUUUCUAUGCAGCCAGUGCUUCCUAUCCAUCUCAAAGGUCCAAACCAUUUGUAGUGUUAUAGUAGAUUUUCGUAGUGCAAAAUCUGACUUCAGUUUACAAUACAAGUAACAGACACACACAUUUUUUAGUUUUUUACAUUUUUUUUUACACA